CUUUUACAUUGGCAGUAUGAGUUACUGCACACUCAGCAGAAAAGCUGGAAAUAAUUUUUCCUUUCCAUUAAUUAAAUAGAAAAAUAAAAUAGAAAACUUAUAAAAAUGACAAUAAAUAUCUAGUCUUUGGUUCAACUCUUGUGGAGUUGUUCUUUUACGAUGUCAUGAAACGCUGAUUGGCUGUUUUCUGCUACGUAUGGGUGCCUGUGACCAGUGGGGUUCCUCAAGGGUCACUCCUCGGGCCAAUGCUGUUCAUCAUAUUUAUCAAUGACUUACCCGAAUCCGUGCAGAGCUCCAUCAAGGUCUUUGCAGAUGAUACCAAAAUCUUCGGAACACCAUCGUCCACUGGAACAAGCUCAAUCCAGCGAGACAUUGAAGAAGUGGCCAAGUGGUCGGAGAAGUGGCAACUGCCGUUCAAUGAAUCAAAGUGCAAGGUCCUUCAUCUCGGCCCUAGGAAUCCUGGGCACUCAUACACCAUGAAUGGUCUCCAGCUGAAUACGGUUGAAGUAGAGAAGGACCUGGGGGUUCAGCUGGAUUCUGACCUGAAGUUUCGUAAGCAGGCCGCGUCUGCAGCUGCAAAGGGCAACCAAAUGCUCGCACUGAUAAAAAGAUCGUUCAUUUGCAUUGAUGCGACUACCCUGCCGAUUCUCUUCAAAACGCUGGUACGACCCCAUCUAGAAUAUGGGAACCUCAUCUGGGGGCCCUUCAACCGAGCUGAUCAGAGGCUGAUUGAACGAGUGCAGCGGAGAGCAACCAAACUGGUCCGUGAGCUAAGACACUUGCCCUACCAGGAACGCCUCCGGCGACUCAAGCUCCCAUCACUAUAUCACCGAAGACGGAGAGGAGACGUAAUCGCCAUCUUCCAGAUUUUGACGGGAGGAGUCAACGUUCGGCCGGACCAGUUUUUCGAGCAGGCAGUCUCAUCUGUCACCAGAGGACAUGCUCUGAAGCUGCUGAAGCCUCAAGCUGCUUCAAGACCCAGGAGACACACUCUGUCGGUCCGCGCCAUCAACGACUGGAAUGCGCUUCCUGCCUCUGUGGUCCUCUCUACGUCUGUCAAUAUCUUCAAAGCCCGUCUCGACUCUCACUGGGGUGAUGCAUCCUUUGACAUCCCAGCCCAAGAUUCAUGACUGUCUCUAGUAAGGAGCUCGAUGAGAUCAGAUCCCUACAGGCCUUAUAGGCCUCAAAAUUCUGUAUUGGUAAGGUAAGGUAAGGUAAGGUAUGCAACUGCUGCAAUUGCCCACUCCGAAUCAAACAGGUGAGCGAAAUAAUUGAAAGAACUGCGCUGAAAUUGAGUCAUUUUGAGUCAUUUUCAGCUAGCUUUGGGGCAACAUCAAGGCCAUAAAUGGCAACAUAAACAAUACAUUAGGAGCUUGGCACCCCGGAGACAUGGAGGGAGCGCUAAGCAAGUGGACCAAUGUGAUGAAGGGCUGGCAAAUCCGCUGGUUUGUUCUUGAUGAACAAGCGGGGCUUUUUUCCUACUAUACGUCCAAGGAGAAGAUGAUGCGCAACGCGCGCCGCGGCUGCGUCCGGCUCAAGGGCGCCGUCAUCGGCAUCGACGACGAGGACGACACGCUCUUCACCAUCACCGUCGACGGCAAGACGUUCCACCUGCAGGCCCGAGACGGCGACGAGCGGGACGGCUGGAUCCGCGCGCUCGAGAACGCCAUCUCCCUGCUGACGCACAACAACCACCGCAUCAAGCGCUGGGACCCGCGGCUGCCGCAGCCGACGAUGGCCGACUUUGACCGUCAGCUGGUGGAGAGUGACGCCUACCUCCAGCUGCUGAUUCAGCAGGCUCAGGCGCUCGAGCGCCGACAGGCAGCCUGCACCUCCAGCCAGGAGCGCAACCGGCUGACCACUAUCAUCGACAAUGUUAAUGACAUGCUGGAUGCCAUCAAACAUACGAUCGUACGCCUUCAAAUAGCCAAGAACGAGGUGCAGCCGGUGGUGGGCGUGUACCAGCCGAGCAACGCCACGCCGCUGCCGCCGUCCGCCGCCCGGUCCGAUGCCGCCGUCCGCCGCGCCAUCAAAGAAGCCGACGAGAACGCGCCAGGAGUGCUGCGAGACACCGAGGUCGGCACCGGAGUGGAGAUCGGCUCGGAGGUGCGCGAGGCAGCCGCCUCCUCUCGGGAGCCACCAGGCCGUCCGACAGCAGCGACCACUCUGGCCCCGACCUCGAUCACACGAUUCGUCCAGGAGGUUCCUGAGACGUCCUACUCGAGCUCGGAAGACGAGGAUUGGUUCGACACGGAGGACGCCGCUGGCAGCCACCACCGGCCGGCAUCCCCGGCGCGGCCCGUCCGUCCUCCGGCGGCCGACGGCGCCGCUGCGGGAGCGCCGCCCACCCCGGCGCCGGAGGCGGGCCCGCCCAGCGGCGCCGACUAUGACGCCGCCUACGAGGAGGAGGAGGGCGACCUGGGCUCGAUGGAGGGCCACGGCUCGGUGGUCAGCCACCUGCUCAGCCAGCUGCGCAUCGGCAUGGACCUGACGCGCGUCGUGCUGCCCACCUUCAUCCUGGAGCGGCGAUCGCUGCUCGAGAUGUACGCCGACUUUUUCUCGCACUCGGACCUGUUUGCCAGCAUACCCGACUGCCCUACGCCGCGCGACCGGCUGGUGCAGGUGCUCAAAUGGUACCUGUCGGCGUUCCACGCUGGACGCAAGUCCGAGGUCGCCAAGAAGCCCUACAACCCCAUCAUCGGCGAGACGUUCAGGUGUGUGUUUGACGUUCCGGACCAACCGGCGACGGCCGGCCGGCCGCCGGUCACCGAUGGACCAGUGCCCUGGGGAGGCCGGCACCAGGUCUGCUUCGUGGCCGAGCAGGUGUCACACCAUCCGCCCGUGUCUGCGUUCUACGCGGAGCAUUACGACAAGCGCGUGUCGCUGUGCGGCCACAUCUGGACCAAGUCAAAGUUCCUCGGCCUCAGUAUCGGCGUCCAUAACAUCGGUCAGGCGUGCGUCUCCGUGUUGGACAGGGAUGAGGAGUACAUCCUCAGCUUCCCCAGCGGCUACGGCAGGUCGAUCCUGAGCGUGCCGUGGGUGGAGCUCGGAGGAGCCAUCACCAUCUCCUGUAACAAGACCGGCUACUACGCCAACGUUGAGUUCCUCACCAAGCCCUUCUACGGCGGCAAGAAGCACCGGAUCGUGGCCGAGGCGUUCGAGCCGGGCGCGCGGCGGCCCUUCCUGCGCGUGGAGGGCGCCUGGAACGGUGUGAUGCAGAUUAAACAGGACGGCGCGGAGCCGACCACGUUCAUCGACACGCACACGGCGCCGCUGACCAAGAAGAAGGUUCUGCCAAUCGCCGAACAGGACGAGUACGAGUCGCGCCGGCUCUGGAAGGAGGUCACCUACAACCUCAAGUAUAACAACAUAGACGCGGCCACGGACGCCAAGUGUUUCCUGGAGCAGCGUCAGAGGGACGAGGCCAAGCAGCGGAAGGAGCGAAACCUACAGUGGGAGACCAAGCUGUUCCACAAGUUCGACGAGAACUGGAUCUACGACCGUCCACUGCAGCAGCGGCUGGCGGCCGGCGGCGGUACGGCGUGAAACCGGCGGCGGCGGCCGGCGGCCCACAGCACCGUCUCCGACCAGCACCACAGCUGAGUGGGCGGCACGGGGCUCCGGCCGGACCGCUCGGGGCGGGGCACUGAGCUCUCAUACGGAGCCGGAGACCACUGCAGACUCCGGCGCGUGCAAUGGAUUAAUAUGUACUUGUUGAGUACUACCUGGUCAAGAAGAAUUACUGCCGCGGAGAGGCAGGAUUGUUCCUUCAGUUUAGUAUCAUGAGUAGGAAUCAAUAUUCUCCCUUCCAUUUGUGGAGCGGUCAGUUAUGUGACUGGCCGUUGAGUGAGGCCGGCCUGCGGUCACCGGCGACUGUGAUCUGUCUCCGGAGGGCGGCCAUCCGCCGACAGACUCCUGAGAGGCUUCCUCUGCUCCGAAAUGGAGGGACCCACUGUAGUCAGGUCCGUUAUACCGAGUAUGGUCCUCAGUUGUGAGUUAUUUGGGUACCGCUGGAGGCUCGCUGUAUCGAAUACGGCCCCACGUAGCGGAGGUAGUGUCCUGUGCGGAGGCUAUCCAAGGGCGGGCGUACCGAGGGCCGCCCGCCGGGUCACUGGUGUGUAUCUGGGGUACGGUUAUCGAUCGAAGGGACCGUGACAGUGUCCCGGGCGGUUAUUCUGCGCAUCUCAGCGCCGUCAGGGACAGGGGGUGUAUCGCGUGGCGGUCGUGAUGGGCACAGUCUGCAGUUUAUUCCAUUUGAUGGAGGCAUUUUAGCGAGUGAUGGGCGCGGCCGGGUGGCGGUGGUGGUCGCCUCUGUAUCAGUCAGUUACGGACGCGCGCGGCCGACCACCCUGUAUCGGAGGUGGAAUGGUCUACCGCACUAUUCCGGUGGCUUAUCAUUGUUCCGUAUGUGCUGUGAUAUGUGAAUACGAAUUGAGACAUGAGA